AUGGAGAACAACAAUAUAUCAGCUGAAGGGGGAAAAGCACUUGCAGAAGCCUUGAAAACAAACCAAACAUUAUCAGUUCUUGGUAUUAACAGCAACAAUAUAUCAGCUGAAGGGGCAAAAGCACUUGCAGAAGGCUUGAAAACAAACCAAACAUUAACAGUUCUUGGUAUUGAGAGCAACAAUAUAUCAACUGAAGGGGCAAAAGCAAUUGCAGAAGGCUUGAAAACAAACCAAACAUUAACAAGUCUUUAUAUGGAGAACAACAAUAUAUCAGCUGAAGAGGCAAGAGCAAUUGCAGAAGGCUUGAAAACAAACCAAACAUUAACAGUUCUUGGUAUUAACAGCAACAAUAUAUCAGCUGAAGGGGCAAGAGCAAUUGCAGAAGCCUUGAAAACAAACCAAACAUUAACAAGUCUUUAUAUGGAGAACAACAAUAUAAUAAAUUUUUUUAAGACAUAUCUGAUAUCAUGA